AUGGCCGACCCGCUCACAGGCAUUUCGCGCGGCUUUGGCUUCGUGCGCUUCUCGCUCGAGGACGACUGCAAGCGUGCCCUCGUCGAGAUGCAGGGCGUAGUCAUCACGCCGUCCACGGGCGUCUCGCCCGGCCGUCCUCUGCGUGUCUGCACCGCCACGCCCAAGACGCGGGGCAGCACCAGCCCGACCGCCUCAAACACCGCCCUGCUCAGCGACCUGCAGCUCGGCGAGGGCGCCGCUGCAAUCGCCACGGACCCGAACAACACGACCGUCUUCGUCGGCGGCCUGUCCAGCCUUAUCUCCGAGGAGACGCUCAAGACCUUCUUCAUCCCCUUCGGCGAGAUCACGUACACCAAGAUCCCGCCGGGCAAGGGCUGCGGCUUCGUGCAGUUCGUCUACAAGGCCGACGCCGAGCGUGCGCUCGAGCGCAUGCAAGGCUUUCCCAUCGGCGGCGGCCGCAUCCGCCUCAGCUGGGGCCGCAGC